AUGAACACGCUGGGGAUUCGGCAGGGCUUGACCAGAGCUCAGCUCAGGGACCACCCGGAAUUCAAAAUCUUCGAAAGAUUUCAGGUCAAGAAGUGGCUCAAGGAGGGCACCUCGCCUUCCCAGAUUUGGGGAAAUCUCGGGUUGACUAACUUCGAUGGUGACGUCCAGAUCGCUGCAGGAUUCACAACCUACAUGGAGUACGUCUGGGCGCUGGGUGCCAAGGUGCGCAAGUACAACCGAAAUGGAGGGACUCCGCCUACGAUUCACCAGAUUGUUGACCCAGAGGAGUUGAGAUAUACCGUGAGCAUCUUGCACUGGAAAAGCUUCGACGAUAUUACGAUCAAUCAGGUAGUGGGUGCUUAUCCGCUGUAA